GCAUGGGUUAGUUUUCUUGGCUUGGAAUUGAAGGGAUAUGAAUAGGUAUGGCAGUUAGAACCACUCUCCUUCCUUUCACUUCCUCACUCACUCUCUCUACGCACAGAGAUUAACACAACACACACUGGACGCACGGACCUCCGUUGGUUUCUUUGACCGGCGGCGCCACCAGCACAAAGUCGUAGAAAAAGUCUUUAACCCUCUUACCCUCCUACCACUUGUCACCACACUCAUUUAGCUCUUUUUCACUCUCUUCCUCAUCCGCAAAAACAACCAUUACUACAUCUAAAAACUAGGACUCCUACUCCUCUUCACCAUACAACCCUGCAACAACUUUCACUACAAGAGCAUCAACUCCAACCCUUUUCUUUUCCAUUCUUAAUUUACCCACUUCCUUUACUUUCUUUGUUUCUUUCUUUAAAUUUUUUGUUUCUCUCUUUUUUUCCUUUGUAUGGCUUUGAUUGUCGAUCAACAAUCAAACUUCAAGCACUUCUGUAAAAUUUGCAAGAAAGGUUUCGUUUGUGGGAGAGCUCUUGGAGGACACAUGAGGGCUCAUGGAAUUGGCGACGAGAACGGUAACAUGGACGAUGAAGACCCUGCAAAUGAUUGGGAAGAUAAAUUGGGAGGGAAUGUGCCCCCUAGUAACAAGCGGAUGUAUGCAUUAAGAACCAACCCCAAUCGAUUAAAGAGUUGUCGGGUUUGUGAAAAUUGUGGCAAAGAAUUUUUGUCAUGGAAAUCCUUUCUUGAACACGGCAAGUGCAGCUCCGAGGAUGCCGAGUCGCUUGUGUCCUCUCCAGGAUCCGACGGGGAGGACGGCACGCCAAGGAGAGGCUGCGGUUGGUCUAAAAGAAAAAGAUCACUGAGAGCUAAGGUGGGUAAUUUUAACUCAAAUUGCCCUUCCAGUGAAGAGGAAGAUCUCGCAAAUUGCCUUAUGAUGUUAUCUAAUGCAACAUUUGACCCUUUAGUAGCGGAACCAGAGGAGUCAUGUGCCUCGGCUAGCAAAGAAGAGGAGAGAAGGAAUCCGAUGAAUUUUAUAGCUCCGAUGGCUUUUAGGGCACCCGUGGACAAGGCCAAGGGAGUUGCUAAAGGAAUGUUCGAAUGCAAAGCAUGCAAGAAAGUUUUCAAUUCCCAUCAAGCAUUAGGUGGACAUAGAGCUAGUCACAAGAAGGUUAAAGGGUGUUUCGCAGCCCGUCUUGAUCAAGGACUAGAUGAUAAUCUAGCCGAUGAAGAUGUUAUUACACAUGAAGAAUUCUUUCCAACAAAAACAACGUCAACUUUCCAGUUUGAUCACGGUUCAAAUGCUCCGUUGGCUUCUACUUCCAAAAGGAAAUCAAAGGUCCAUGAAUGCUCCAUAUGUCAUCGUGUAUUUUCAUCGGGACAAGCUUUAGGUGGACAUAAAAGGUGUCAUUGGAUCACUUCAAAUUCACCAGAUGCAUCUUCUUUGGCUAAGUUUCAUCAGUUCCAAGAUCAGAUUGAGCAAAUUCAACAAAGACCUAAGUUUAUUAACAAUCCUGAGACGCUUGAUCUUACGCUUGAUCUGAAUCUUCCUGCUCCGGCUGAUGAGCGGCGGGAACCCCCUGCAAACCCACCUAGCAUUGAAGUUUCUACAGAGAUUUAUUUACAAACUUGGAAAGGGGUUGAAGCCAAAGAAAAGGAUGAAAAUCACCACCAUCACCAUCAAAAAGAGGAUGAUAACGACAAGAAUAACACCACCACCAACAACAAUAACACUAAUUGUAAUGGUUCAAUACAGAAUGUGGAUGAUGAAGCAGACAGUAAGGUGAAGUUAGCAAAGCUUAGCGAAUUAAAAGAUAUGAACAUGAAUGGAAGCUCAUCUCCAUGGUUGCAGGUAGGGAUUGGGCCAACCACUGAUGUGAGCGCUAACCCAUAAAAAAAUUUUUGUGAAGCGAUAUGAAGGUCUCUUCUUCUCUCAUUCUUCUCUUUUCCGCUUAAUUUUCUUUUUGUGCACUUUUGUAUUUAAAAACUGUAAUUACAGACUCAGCAACAGAUUCAUAAUUAUAAUUCUACACCAUUUACUGUAAUUUUUUUUAUUUUGGGGUGGAGAUGAUAGA